GCUGGCUCCAAAUUGUUUUCUCUUCAUAGGAAGCAGAAACAGCAGAAACAGCAGGUUUUUGGGAAGCAGAAUUCUCAAAAAGAGCAAUGGAUUCAUACAUCAAACAAGCAUUAAGCGAUAUUUUGCCUUCUCACGAUGAAGCAUAUCCCAGCGAUUUGAUCCUCUAUUGCAAUUCCUAUUUGCAACAAUCCAAAAUCAAACUACCAACACUAGAUCAAAAUUUGGAAAUUUCAAGAACUUAUUUCUCAUGUUAUUUCGCCAUAAAUUACAUUAUAAACAAUAAAAAAAACUAUUUGAAUUUGUCAACUCCAAGUUUAAAUAGGUUUCCAAUCAGCCAGAAAAACGUCAGAAGAGGUUUAACUAUUUUUGGUUUGGCUUUUAAUAACAAUCCAAAUAUUUCGCCAAUUCAAAAAAGAAAAAAAAUUGAAACAUCCUCAAUUUUGCCUUUACCUGCUACCAAAAGAAGAAAGUUGAAUUUUACUGAUAAUAAUAACAAAAGUGAAAAUAACAACAACAAUGAUAAUAAACCCACACUUAUUCAAAACGAUAAGACUCUAUUAAACACACCCAGAAAACAAAAUCGAUACUCUCCAAAAAAAUCUUCUCCUUUGAAAAAUCAGUCUUCUCCUCAUAGAAAUUCACCAUCCAAGUUAUCUCCAUCAAAAUUAUCUCCAUUGAAAAAUUCUCCAUUAAAAUCAAAUCCAAACAAUAAAAAUGAAGUAUCAAUCAAAAAAAUCAUUGAACUAUGUAAUUACUUCAAAAUUCAAAAUUUUAUCUGUCUAAAACUAAUUAAAUUCUUCAAAAAAUUUCAAAAGAAAUUUAAAAAUCAAAACUUUUUAUUAUUAUCCUUAAUAUAUAUUCUUUACUUUACCAUUUAUAAUAAAAUUUUAAUCAAAAAUUUCAGUUUAUUCAAUAUUUUUAAGAAAAAUUUAUUUAAUAAUUUUCAGAUAUCUUCAGCAAAUAUCAAUGACACAGACUUAAAAUUUUGGAUAACUUUAUCCUUUAAUUUAAUCAAAAAUGAAAAAUGGUUUAAAUCUUUACAAUUCAAAUAUCAAUGCAUCAAUUUAGACACUAUUUUCACUAAAAACUUGAAUAAUAGCAAUCAUACAGGUGACAGUAAUCACAACUACCUUUAUAGCAUGGGCGACCUACUCACCCCUUCCUCAACACCAGAUAUAAAAGACUCUCUUUUAGAAUAUAAAAACUGGACCAUUGAAAUAAAAAAAAACUUGCUCUCUCUCCAAAACUCUUUGUAAUUAUAUACUAUUUUAUAUUUAAACGAAUAGCAAACAAUAAAUAAGUUAUAGGCUCAAAUCAGAAAUAUUAACUUU